AUGAAUUUCACUGAAGUUCAUGGGGUUCAGGGACUGCCACAAUUUUCUGAACUAACGUCAAGGCCAAAUUCAGUAUCUAGCUCGGGUUAUCCGGGGAGUUUGGCACUUCAGAGUGGAGGACAAAAUAGUGUUUACACGACUGCAGCUGGAUCAGAUCAUGGAAAGCAACAUUCACUGACAAACGGAUCAACGAAAUACCCCGGCUCGCUCCUGCCCUGGCCCAACCCCAACGCCCUGAUGCAGCUGUGCGAGAAACAAGGCCUCCAGCCUCUGAACAUUCCUAGCUACAGUCAGAAUAAUUCCCUGCUGUCUACCCAGCCCAGUGUCAGUAGUCUGCGACUUCUGCCAAAUAUGUACCUUCCUCCGACCCCUCAAUCGGACUCCCCCACAAUCAAACAAGAGGACAUGCGGAGCAAUGACUCAGGUAAUCCCCCAACUGACUCCCCUCACAUUCAGCAACACAGUGCCACAAUGGCUGAGUACCUCCAGAAGCUCCAGGCCACGUCGUUACCCCUAACCCUCCAACAGAUCAUCAAGCUCCAGACUGACCCUAUCAAACGAGAAGACUACAAGGAGGAGAAGUCUGAGCAUUCACAGAACAAUAUCCUCAACAUCCCAAGUGUGCCAAAUUUUAGGAAUAAUAGCUCUCAAAACGGUAACUACAUGAGUUCCGACCAGAUGAUGCCUGAGAUCAAUCCCAUUGAUCUGAAUGUACAUAUGGAUGAACACGAAUCAGCCCAGGGGGGCCACCAGAAUGUGCCUCAGGGACAGAACAUUAAGGUGGAGCAGCAGGUGCAGACGGAUUCUCCAAAGGUCGAGAAGAAGAUGAAGUUCAGGGCGAAAGUGGGGGAGAUUAAGAUAGCUAUGGCCCUCGAUGGAUCCAUGCUCUACUGCUGUCCUGAAUGUACACUUGCAUUUGCUGAGAAGACGGACAUUGAACAGCACAUUCAGGGACAUGUUCAGGAAAGGAAAUAUCAGUGUAAAGAAUGUGGCGCGAUGUUGAAGCGAAAGGAGCACCUGGACCAGCACAUGAGGGGCCACUCGGACGAGAGGCCCUUCAAAUGUCCAGUUUGUCAAAAGGCCUUCAAGCGAAACGAACACCUGACAAGGCACUACGUUAUUCACUCUGGUGACAAGAAUUUCACCUGCACAGUCUGUCAGAAAGCCUUUUCCCGAAAGGAUCAUCUGAAUAAGCACACUCAGACCCACCUGGGCAUCAGGAAAUCAAAGUCCAAGAAGGAGUCUGGUAUUUCUGACCUACCCAAAGACAGCACUGACACGAUAAUGGACAUUCCGAAACAAGAGCUCAGCUUCCUGUUGAAAGAUGGUAAUUUCAUGAAGCAAGACUCAACAUUCCUCCAGCACAUACAAAAUUUACAGAAGGACCAGAAUUUUAUUCACACGUACUCGGCCUUCAAGGAGCAGAUGAAAGAGGGAAUACAUCAGCAGCAGGCAGUUAAUAUGAACGAAAUAUUACCCCAGAACACGAGGUAUCUGAUGCCAUCUUAGUUUUAGGUGAGAAUAAUUGUCAUUUUGUCAGCGAAAUUUUUUUCAUUUAUGUAUUACCUGGUUAAACCUGAUAUCAAACGACUUUUAAGAUUCUUAUGAUCGAGGGGAAUUAUUUAAUAAGUUGUACAGACUUCAAUUAACUUUACGGCAGCGUUUUGUAAUUAAACAAUACUCGAAACGUUUUUAAUGAAGUAACAAAGACUCGCCAGAAUAAGACUAAGAGUUUCAAGUGAACUGAAUCGAUGGUUGAUACUCCUAACAUAAUAGACAGAAGAUAAACCAGUUAAAUGGUUUUUUUUUCGACGAUAAUGAGUGCAUAGAGAAUUGCCAGGUUAGUUUUCAACCUCUCGCAUAGUACUAAUAGAAUAUCAAUAAUGUUUAGAAGUUUGCCUUAAUCAAGAAUCAAUUGUUUUUUUUUAAGUUCCUCAGAAGUAAUGAAUCUCUCAUACGAUAGAAGAAAAUAAUUGCGUGAAUAUCGUAAGGGGCUGUGAAUCAGCUACGUGUUCGAUUGAUUUCAUUAAUCGCUCAAGCAGAAUAUUCAAUGUGCCAGUAAUUAGUACGUAUCGGUGAUGUUUUUUUAAAGCGACUAGUUCUACCCAAUCACUCAGCAAUUAUCAGUACUUUUUCCACCCCCAGAAAAUUGUGGAUUCCAUGGUUUUAGUUGAUAAACGACUGGCUGGAAAUAUCAUGUGAGUAAGCCAUUGGUGGACUAGCUUUAAAAUAUUUAUCAAUUAUUUUUUAUCAUUACAUCUAGUCUGCUAGUCGCAAGAGUGAAAUUAAUGUUGUGAAUGAAUUUGUGAGAUUAGGAUUUUUUUGUGUAAUCGUGGGUAGGCAGUGGUGUACUUAGAGGAACGAAUAUGCGAACAAAGUUUUUUAUUCACAUACUUUUUUACUAGAAUUUUCUGAUAAUUGGGAUUUCGUAUUUUAGAUGUGAAUAUUUUUAUUUGGUAACAAUGACAAUUUUUAAUUAAAAAAGAUGGUAGAAUUGGAUGAAAAUUCGGAGAGAUCUUAAUUAUCAGAAACAAUUAAUGACAGGUAGGUAAAAAUAAACUGUAAAUAUUUUAAGUGGAGGUAAAUAAUGGAGAAAUGUUCUCAUCUGAUGACUCAUUUUGUACUAGAAGAGAGGAAUAUAAUUUCAGUGAAAUUAAAUUUUUCGUGAGAGGUAACAGACCCAGUGGAUGUAAUUUAAACAAACGUAAUGGAUUAUGUUGAUACACAAAUUCGUUCAGUAACAUUUGGAUACACUAGAUUUAAUGAUUUCAUCUGCAUUUCGUAUCACAAAUUUGAAAGAGCGAAUUUUUUUUCUUGAGAGGCGAUGAACUGCUUGUAGGCUCAUUCUGAUGAAAUAAUGCGCCUUAAUAACGUCCUAAGGAAUAUCGCACGCGAUAGAACCAAAGACUCUGCUCAUAUUUAACACCAGUAUUUGUAUCUUCAAUCUUCCAAUUCUCCAGUUAUCCUCCAGGUUCAUUAAUAACCAAUAAAAAAAUUGGUUUCGACUUUUUCUGAUGAACAAGAUGAAAAUGCAGUGCGUACACUUUUAGGUAAAUUUGAAUACUAAAAAAACAAUUCAAUAUCUAGGAUAAUAACAAAUUGUUAUGUAUAAUACGCCGAUUGCCAAAAAGGGAAAAGAGUUAAGUGUAAGAGGGAGAUGAUAAAUAACAUGUAUUUUUCAGACCGAAAUAUUUUUUAAUAAAAAUAAAUGUAGUAAGAUGAAUAUGAACUCGUUGAUUCACUCAUUUAACGUGUGUUAAUGGUACUUCAAGUUGAUGACCUUGGAAUUUGUUUGAGCAAUGGAGCAAAUUGUGAAAUGAUGUUUACUUCGUAACACAUGAGUUGCCAGGCACUUCACGUGGGAAUUGCACGAGGCAUCGUGCAUACUGAAGACUCAUUUGCAAUACAAUGGCAAUGGAUUUAUUUGUGUUGUGUUCGUAGUGUUAUUGUGAUGAUGUGAUUUGGAGUAGGGAAAUUGGAGUGCUUGAAUGAGGCGAUUAAUUAGAAUGAAGUUAUUAAUGAAUUUUCACUGAGAAAAUGUGGUUAAUAAUUACUUUACAGCGCAGUCGAGUUAGUGAUUUUGAGAUAGGCCCCCUGAGUGAACAAUAUAAUCGAGCUUAGCCACCGUAAAAAAGCUCUCGCGACAGCCGCAGAGGAAAUAAUUAAUUAAUCGAUGUCAGUCACUCACGAAGAGAGUAAAUACAGCAGCGAAAAUUGAGAGCUCCAUAAUUUCGAGUUUCGCGAAGGGAUUUUUAACGUAAAUAUGCACAACUGUAAAUCCCACCGAUUACCGUCAAUCAACUGUGAAUUUUGCGGAUUGCCCACGAGCUCUUAUAGUAAUGAAACCCCCAAUAGCGUCUAGUCGCCUCAGUAAACCCACAAAUCCCAUUUGGAUGACCCUCGGAUCGACGGCCCCUCUCCCGGUGCUGUGCCAGCCCAAUCCGGUCGUUCAAAAAUUACUCAACCCUCUGGAUUCACCUCACGUAGCCCCGGUAUUGUUCCCAAAUGAAACAACAAACGUUACUCAUCAGAAGAAUUUAUUGUCACAUAAAAAUACGAAGUACGAACUCAAAGAAAUAUUCAGUGAAAAUUACGGAAUUUUUUAAGUAAUCGAAGCUGGUGAAUUUUUCCUGGAGAAAGUGAAAGCUGUGGAAAAUUAAAUUACAUUUUUUUUUAAAUGACGUGUAAUUUAUAUUUUUCUUCUCCUAGGGAGUGAUCACUUGGGAUGCAGAAAGCACAAUAACAGCUAGUGAAUCAUAUUUUGAACUUGAGGGGAAG